AUGAAAAUAGAGGAAGUUAAAAGUACUGUAAAGACUCAAAGAAUUUCUGCUCAUACUCAUGUUAAAGGUUUGGGGUUAGAUGAUACUGGUACCCCAUUACAAGUUGCUGCGGGGUUGGUAGGUCAAGAGGCUGCUAGGGAGGCGGCCGGCAUUGUAGUCGAUAUGAUAAGAGCCAAAAAAAUGUCCGGUAGGGCUGUUUUAUUAGCCGGGCCUCCAGGCACAGGUAAAACGGCUAUUGCAUUGGCAAUAGCUCAGGAGCUAGGCACCAAAGUUCCAUUUUGUCCUAUGGUUGGUUCUGAAGUUUUUAGUUCAGAAAUAAAAAAAACUGAAGUUUUAAUGGAAAAUUUUAGAAGAGCCAUAGGUCUUAGAAUUAAAGAAACUAAAGAAGUGUAUGAAGGAGAAGUAACUGAAUUGACUCCUGUUGAAACUGAAAACCCAUUAGGAGGGUAUGGCAAAACUGUAUCUCAAGUUAUAAUUGGCCUUAAGACUGCUAAAGGAACCAAGCAGCUGAAAUUGGAUCCCAGUAUUUAUGAAUCACUUCAAAAAGAAAAGGUUGAAACUGGAGAUGUGAUCUAUAUAGAAGCAAAUUCAGGGGCUGUCAAACGUCAAGGAAGAUCUGAUACUUUUGCCACAGAAUUCGACUUGGAGGCAGAAGAAUAUGUGCCUCUUCCUAAAGGGGAUGUCCACAAGAAAAAAGAAGUAAUACAAGAUGUAACAUUACAUGAUUUAGAUGUAGCAAAUGCUAGACCACAAGGAGGACAAGACAUUUUGUCAAUGAUGGGUCAGUUGAUGAAACCGAGAAAAACAGAAAUUUCUGAUAAAUUAAGGAAAGAAGUUAACAAAGUUGUAAACAAAUAUAUUGAUCAAGGGAUAGCUGAACUUGUUCCAGGAGUCUUAUUUAUUGAUGAGGUUCAUAUGCUUGACAUUGAAUGUUUUACUUAUUUGCAUAGAGCAUUGGAAAGUGCUAUUGCUCCCAUUGUAAUUUUUGCUACCAACAGAGGAACCUGUGAAGUUCGGGGAACCGAGGAUGUGAAAGCACCUCAUGGAAUUCCAUUGGAUCUGUUAGAUAGACUUUUAAUUAUAAGAACAAUGCCUUAUUCACGAAUAGAAAUGGAGCAAAUUUUAAAUCUAAGAGCUGCAACUGAAGGUUUACAAAUUUCACCUGAGGCUCUAACCACAUUAAGUGAAAUCGGGAGUAAAACAACUUUGAGAUAUGCUGUUCAACUGAUGACUCCUAGUUUUUUAACUGCUAGAAUUAAUGGAAGAACAACCAUAUCUCAGGAAGAUGUGAAUGAAAUAAAUAGUCUAUUCCUUGAUGCCAAGUCUUCUGCUAAAAUUCUGUCUCAACAGAAAGACAAAUUUAUGAAAUGA